AUAACUUCUAUCACAGCAGACAGAUUAUCACCUUAUCAGACACAUUGAAAGCAGAGCCAUAUCGUAUCUCUGACGGGACCACACGUCUUACUAGACUUUCUUGACAUCAUACUGGAAUCGGAUAGAUCAUAUUUGAAUCAGCUAUGGUGCAUCUAAAUAAUAUAUUUGGAUGUUUCCUCCUUGUUUUUAGCUGGCCCUUUUUGAGCGCGAAAUUAACCUGCAUUCUCUGUAAUGAUGCUGCAAGUAUUGAGGAUUGCAUCGCCCAUGGAUCCCUGACUUGUAGGGAUGACGAGUAUUGCUUCUUGGAAAAAUCUACUACGGACAGUCUGACUGUAUUGUUCAACGCAGGAUGUCGUUCAAGAACAGUAUGUUCCAUAAUGGCCUCUUUAGCUGCCACAACCGGGAAACGAUCUCUUGUUAAUUGUGCAAAUUGCUGCAAUGACAACUCCACCCGAAACCAGCCGUGCAAUGGAUUCCUCUGUGGCCAAAUGCCAAACAUUACAGCACCAGCGAAACAGUGUCAGCAAUGUCCCAACCCCGUCGCCUCUGCCACCGACUGCCCUUACAUGGUUAAUUGUAAACCUACAGAGCUCUGUUACAGUGACAUAUACACGUAUGGUGGUAGUACACUCCGCUAUAUGCGUGGAUGCAGAGAAAAAUCACUCUGUGGGAACGGUACCGCAGUCCACAACACGGGCCGGAUCCUGGCCGGUCGAUCGGACUUCAAUUUAUGUUCUGAAUGCUGUGAUGGCGACCAAUGUAGCUCGACAGGCUGUCACCAGAUACAAAGAAAGUAACCAGAUAUUAAUAAAGUUCAUC